AUAAGAGAUGGCUUUUCUGAAAGUCUUCACUCCGGCACAUGUCUGUGCGUUUCUGUUGAUGCACUCUCUUGCGAAGCCAUCUGCUACGUUCGUGAGUUCGUCGUCAUUGUCGCCAUUCUCCUCCUCCUCCUCCUCCUCCUCCCCCUCCUCAUCAUCAUCAUUGUCAUCAUCAUCGUUCUCUAGGAGUGAUGAAGAGGCGAUCGAACGGUUCCGGCGAUACCUGCAAAUUCGCACGGAUCAUCCCAAUCCCGAUUACGAAGCGGCGGCGGAGUUUAUCAUGUCACAGGCGCGGGAGAUUGGGCUCGGCGCGCAGCGAAUCGAGCCAGUCCGGGGCAAGCCGAUCAUCCUGAUGACGUGGCAGGGCAAAGAUCCCGAUCUGCCGUCCUUGCUGCUCAACUCGCACAUGGAUGUGGUCGCGGCGGAGAGGGACAAGUGGAUGUACGACCCCUUUGCGGCUGUACGGACGCCACGUGGCGACAUCUACGCGCGCGGAGCACAGGACAUGAAGUGCACCACCAUGCAGUAUCUCGAAGCAAUCCGACGGCUGAGAUUCGGAGAUGCAGCGGCGGCGGGGGACAGGGAGGGAGGGAAGGAAGGAGAGAGAGUAGGAGUGGGAGAUCGGGGGGAAGGAGGAGGAGGAGGAGGAGGAGGAGGUGGAGGAGAAUACCCACAGCCUCUAAGAACCGUUCAUUUGUCUUUUGUGCCUGAUGAAGAGAUUGGGAGCAAUGACGGCAUGCAGAGGCUGGUGGCAUGGGAUGGAUUUCCGGAACUGAAUGUGGGUUUUGCCCUAGAUGAGGGCAAGAUGUCAGAGGGGUCAAAAUAUAGGGUGUUAUGCGGCGAAAGGGGGCCCUUCUGGGUCCUAUUAAAAGCGAAAGCGGUGGGUGCGGAUGAGGGCGCCCCCGCCAUAGAGGAGCUUAUAAAUUCGUUGACGUCAAUCAUGGAGUUCCGGCGUUCGCAGUUCGAUCUGGUGAAGUCCGGGAGAGCAAAUUUGACCGACGUUAUCUCGGUCAACGUGAAUUUCCUGAAAUUUGGCGCGCAGCAUUUUAAGUCUGACUCAGCAACGAGGGAAGAAGACAUUCCACAAAGUUCGGCGUCGCGGGCUGCCGCCGCGGGGAAUCCUCAUCCCUGCUCGUCAUCCGGCGUCGGGAUCGGAUCAUCAGAAUUGCGAGCCCGUUGCAGUUCUGGUGCUCAUUCACACGCCACAGCUGCAGCAGUUGAGGGAGGAGGGGGGGAACUUCAACCUGAGGCAAAGCUAAAAAUAGACACGGAGCAGCAAGCUACAGCGAAUGCUUACAGGUCUUGUCAAUCGAGAGAAGAAGAAGAAGACAAAGAGGCUCAAGCAGGGAUCGAGAUGAAUCCGCAAGGUUUGGCUAUGGCGGAUGUUACCUCGCGUCCACAUUCCGGAGAAGGGGGAGAAGGAGGAGGAGGAGGAGGACGAAGAGGGGGAGGAAGAGAAGAAGAACGAAGGCAAGGAGGAGGAGGAGGAGGAGGAGGAGAAGAAGAACGAAGGCAAGGAGAAGGAGGAGGAGGAGGAGGAGGAGGAGGAGGAGGAGGAGAAGGAAGAGAAGGAAAAGUGGUUGGAGAAGGAGGAGGAGAGGAAGAAGAAGCCAUAGCGGGGCUCGACUUCAGAUUACCGGCUAUGGCGGAUGUAGAGGCAUUCGUGAGACGAUUGGAAGAGGAAUGGGCUCCUCGGAGCAUGAGUGACGAAAGGGGGGAUUCGAACGCAAAUGUGAUUCAAACGGGUUACGAGGUACUGUUGAGGCCGCCAUCGCCAUUAGUGGGUUCUGUGGACAAAGGCGGGAAUCCGAAAGUCGGUUCCCGGAUGAUGACGAUGAUGAUUACACCGACCAACCAAUCAAAUCGGUACUGGAUGGUUUUCAAAAAAGCAUUGGAGAAGACGGGGGUUGAGCUGUCGGAACCUGAAAUUUCGCCGGCUUUUACAGACGCACGCCUUCUCCGUGCGGCGGGUCUUCCCGUCCUGGGUUUCACACCUGUGCGACGCACACCCGGCCUUGCCCAUGCGCACAACGAGUACAUAAACGACAAGGAGUUCGUGGAGGGGAUCUCCGCGUACGUCCACGUCAUCCGAGACAUAAGCAGCGUGGAGUAAGAGUCGUCGCUCUGUGAUGACUUCCGCCCACGUAUGUGGAUCGAAUCAUGGUCAGAUUCGGCGGGAAUUCCGAAUUUCG